GGCGGCGGCGGCUGAGGAGACCGUUGGGCGCGCGGGAGGCGCGGACACGGCCGGCGGAGCGAGCGGCCGGGCAUUAUUUCCAGAAAAACUAUGGCAGCAUCAAGCAUUCUCUGAACGGCGGACCCCCGGGAGUAAGGAACUAUGCUCCUGGCCUUGGAGGCACGUUGAGAUGUACAGAGCGGGGGACACAGGGGAGCGCCCGCCACAGGGGACGGCGCCCCCUCGUCUGAGGAGCGUGGAGGUGGCCAGAGGAAGAGCAGGGUACGGGUUCACCCUCUCUGGCCAGGCGCCGUGCGUGCUCAGCUGUGUCAUGAGGGGCAGCCCUGCCGAUUUUGUGGGCCUCCGUGCUGGAGACCAGAUACUUGCUGUCAACGAAAUCAACGUGAAGAAGGCGUCCCAUGAGGACGUGGUGAAGUUAAUCGGGAAGUGCUCUGGGGUCCUGCACAUGGUGGUGGGCGAAGGCCUCGGCCACUUGGAGUCGUGCUCCAGCGAUGAGGAAGUGGGGUUCUACGAGGGAAAAGGCUGGCGGAAGCCCAGACUUGAUUCCAAAGCGCUAGGUAUAAACAGAGCGGAGAGAGUUGUUGAAGAAAUGCAGUCGGGUGGGAUUUUCAACAUGAUCUUUGAAAAUCCUCGUCUUCGUGCAAGCAGUUCAGAGCCCUCGAAAUUGAAACAAAGAUCCCUUUCAGAGUCAGCUGCUGCGCGAUUUGACCUUGGACAUGAAAGUGUCAAUGAUCUGCACCCCAGCCUGCUUUCCAAGGAGGAAAUUUCAAAAGUUAUUAAUGAUGAUUCGGUUUUCAGUAUUGGACUAGAGAACCAUGAAGAUUUUGGAUUAGAUGCAAGUAUUUUAAAUGUCGCCAUGGUCGUCGGCUAUUUAGGUUCUAUUGAACUCCCUUCGACAAGCUGCAACCUGGAGUCCGAGAGCUUCCAGGCCAUCCGCGGCUGCCUGCGGCGCUUGCGGGCCGAGCAGAAGAUCCACUCUCUGGUGACCAUGAAGAUCAUGCACGACGGGGUGCAGCUGUGCACCGACAAGGCUGCCGUGCUGGCCGAGUACCCCGCCGAGAAGCUGGCCUUCAGUGCUGUGUGCCCAGACGACAGGAGGUUCUUUGGGCUUGUGACGAUGCAGAGCAGUGACGAUGGCAGUCUGGCGCGGGAGGAUGAGGGUGUCUUGCGGACCUCCUGCCACGUGUUUAUGGUGGAUCCAGACCUGUUCAAUCACAAGAUCCACCAAGGCAUCGCCCGACGGUUUGGGUUUGAGUGCACGGCCGACCCUGACACCAACGGCUGCCUGGAAUUCCCAGCGUCCUCCCUGCCCGUCCUCCAGUUCAUCUCCGUGCUAUACAGGGACAUGGGCGAGCUGAUUGAGGGUGUACGGGCCCGGGCCUUUGUGGACGGGGAUGCCGACGCCCACCAGAACACCAGCACCAGCAGCAACAGCGACAGUGGCAUCGGGAAUUUCAACCAGGAAGAGAGAAGCAGCCGGGUGCUUGUGGUCGACCUGGGCGCCAGCUCUAGCAGGCACGGCCCCAGCAGCAGUGCCUGGGAGGGCGCAGGCGGGAGGGGCCCCCAGCCUCGGGGCGCCCCCUGGAACGGGGCCUUUGGCCUCGAGCCCGAGGCAGGGCCCCCAGGGGAAGCUGCUCAGCAGGCUGACCGGUGCUGGGAUUUCAGCAAGCACCUAGGGCCCACUGCUCACGUGGAGGUCCCCCCGACCUCCUUGCGGAGUUCUGUCCCUCCUUCCAAGAGAGGUGCCGUGGGCCCUGGCGGUGGCUUCGGCCAGCGGUGGCUUCCGGUUCACGUCCUGCAGGAGUGGCAGUGUGGACACGCCAGCGACCAGGAGUCUUACACGGACUCCACCGACGGGUGGUCCAGCGUCAACUGCGGCACGCUGCCCCCUCCCAUGAACAAGAUUCCCGCGGACCGCUACCGGGUGGAGGGCAGCCUGGCGCAGCCACCGUUGAGCACCCAGAAGAGGGACUGGUCCCGGAAGGCUUUUGGGAUGCAAACCAUUUUUGGUCCCCAUCGAAAUAUUAGAAAGACUAAGGAAGACAAAAAGGGCUCAAAAUUUGGACGGGGACUUGGACUUGCUCAGACUUCUCAGCGCACCUCUGCUCGGAGAUCAUUCGGAAGAUCCAAGAGAUUUAGUGUUACCCGCUCCCUCGAUGACCUUGAGUCUGCAACUGUAUCUGACGGUGAGCUGAGUGGCGCCGACCUGAAGGACUGCGUGAGCAACCACAGCCUGAGCAGCAAUGCCAGCCUCCCCAGCGUGCAGAGCUGCCGGCGCCUGCGUGAGAGGAGGGUUGCCAGCUGGGCCGUGUCCUUCGAGCGUCUCCUGCAGGACCCCCUGGGCGUUCGGUACUUCUCGGACUUUCUAAGGAAGGAGUUCAGUGAAGAAAACAUCCUGUUCUGGCAGGCCUGCGAGUAUUUCAGUCAUGUUCCCGCACACGACAAGAAAGAGCUUUCCUACAGGGCACGUGAGAUUUUCAGUAAGUUCCUGUGCAGCAAAGCCACCACCCCUGUCAACAUCGACAGCCAGGCCCAGCUGGCAGACGACAUCCUCAGCGCCCCGCACCCCGACAUGUUCAAGGAGCAGCAGCUCCAGAUUUUCAACCUGAUGAAGUUUGAUAGCUACACGCGCUUUCUGAAGUCCCCGCUGUACCAGGAGUGCAUCCUGGCCGAGGUGGAGGGCCGCUCCCUCCCCGACUCCCAGCAGGUGCCCAGCAGCCCGACCUCCAAGCACAGCGUCAGCUCGGACCACUCCAACGUGUCCACGCCAAAAAAGCUGAGUGGGAAAUCGAGAUCAGGACGGUCCCUGAACGAGGACGUGGGGGACGAGGACGGCGAGAGGAAGCGGAAAGGAGCCUUCUUCUCCUGGUCCAGGGCGAGGAGCACCGGGCGGUCCCAGAAGAAGAAGGACCAUGGUGACCACACAAACGAGCCCCCACGCGCCAACGGAGGCCUGGGCCGCAGGGAGUCGCAGGGCUCCGUGUCCUCUGCUGGGAGCCUGGACCUGUCAGAGGCCUGCAGGACCUUGGCGCCCGAGAGGGACAAGGCCGCCAAGCACUGCUGCAUCCAGCUCCCCGACGGGACGUCCUGCACCGUGCUCGUCAGGGCGGGGCUGUCCAUCAAGGAGGUCCUGUCCGGGCUCUGCGAGCGCCAUGGCAUCAACGGGGCCGCCGUGGACCUCUUCCUGGUGGGCGGGGACAAGCCUCUGGUGCUGCAUCAGGACAGUAGCAUCCUGGCAUCCAGGGACCUGCGCCUAGAAAAGCGUACUUUGUUUCGGCUGGAUCUGGUUCCCAUUAACCGGUCAGUGGGACUCAAGGCCAAGCCCACCAAGCCCGUCACGGAAGUGCUGCGGCCCGUGGUGGCCAAAUACGGCCUGCACCUGAGUGAGCUGGUGGCCCGGCUGAAUGGAGAGAAAGAGCCCCUGGACCUCGGCGCCCCCAUAUCGAGUCUGGAUGGACAGCGGGUCAUCCUGGAGGAGAAGGACCCCCUCAGGGGGAAAGAUAAACAGAAAGGCGCCCCAGUCAAACAGAAUGCAGUUGUCAACUCCAGCUCCAGAAAUUUCUCGGCUACGGGAGAGGAGAGAACGCUAGGCAAGUCUAAUUCUAUUAAAAUAAAAGGAGAAAAUGGAAAAAAUGCUAGGGAUCCCCGGCUUUCAAAGAGAGAAGAAUCUAUUGCAAAGAUUGGGAAAAAAAAAUAUCAGAAAAUUAAUUUGGACGAAGCAGAGGCGUUUUUUGAGCUUAUUUCCAAAGCUCAGAGCAACAGAGCAGACGACCAGCGUGGGCUGCUGAGGAAGGAAGACCUGGUGCUGCCCGAGUUCCUGCGCUUACCUCAGGGCCCGCCCGCUCCCGGCCUCGCCUGCGGGACGGCUGUGACCAGCCCCGGCCAGGAGGCGGCGCCCUGGCCCCGAGAGCCGAGGGGGCCCCCCCGGGACCAGCCCAGUGGCCCGGCGCCGAGCCCCAGCUCGGCCGACAGCCUGUCCUUCUGCACCCCCGCGGCCCCCUCAACCCCCACGACCCCCACGACCCCCUCGACCCCCGCGACCCCCAGCCCCUGCGCGCAGGAAGCCGAGGCUGGGGACGUCCAGACCAUGGAGGGCGAGCACGUGGCUGACCUGACGCUCACUGGGGAGGGGGACAUCAGCAGCCCCAACAGCACUUUGCUGCCGCCGCCCCCAGCCCAGCAGGACUCGGCCGGACCUCCCAGACCAGGGGGCGGGGCCCGCAGCAGCCGAGGCCUCCCGGUCAACACGAUCAUCGACGUGGACCUGGUCAGCGGCUCGGUGCCCGGGCUGGGCCGCAGGCUCCCAGGGGUGUGGGCGGGGCCCCGGAGGUCACCGGCCAGCAGGGGCCCCGCAUCAGACCCCCCGGGCCUGAGCCCUGUCCCAGGUAGGCCCGCCAAGCCCAAGGCCAGCCCACACCACGCUACCUUCGUCUGA